AUGCUCCUUCCAAUUGUACUCCUGUCCUUGGCUGCUCUCCUGCAACAGUCUCUAGGACAGGGUAAGUCACCCAUUGUGAACGAUGUCCCUCUAGAGAAACAGAAGGAAAUCCUUCAUACAAUGAAUAACAUCAGGAAGCAGGUGGAUCCAACUGCUACCAACAUGCUGAAAAUGAAAUGGAACAAGAAAGCUGCUGCAAAUGCAAAAAAAUAUGCUGCAAAAUGUCAGUUUAGAAGCAGCCCCAUAGAGGAGCGAAAGGUGGAUGGUAUUGCCUGCGGUGAAACACUGUCACAGUCAGUGACUGCCAAUGGCUGGCCAGUUGUUAUAGCAUCAUGGGCUAGCACAAAGUCCAGUUUCAUGUAUGGCGUUGGGCCAACUGAUCCAAAGAAAAGCAUUUAUAGCUAUACUCAGCUCAUUUGGUAUAAGUCACAUGAAGUUGGAUGCGCUCUUGCCUACUGCCCAGAGAAUACCUUUAGUUUCUUCUACCUGUGCCAUUACUGCCCUGGUGGGAACAUUCAAGACACAAUAGCAACACCCUACAAAAAAGGCUCGACAUGUGGAGAUUGCCCUGCAAACUGUGAGGAUAAACUGUGCACCAAUCCAUGCAAGUAUGCCGAUCUGUAUAGUGAAUGUGAUAACAUGAAACAAUCAUUCACGUGUAAUCUGAAAAUCAUGCAUGAGUACUGCAAAGCUUCUUGUAAAUGUUCAACAGAAAUUAUUUAACAUAUAUACAAAUCAGCACCACAAGAUUCAUCUUCAGAGGAUGGUUCUUCAUUGAAAAGAA